CAAUGAACAAUGGUCCCCUCCCUCUCUCUAUCUCUCUGUCUUUCUCUCUCUCUCUCUCUCUCUCUCUAUCUCUAAAUAAACCCUAAAACCCCAUUUUAACUAAUCUCUCACCUCCCCCAACUAUAAAUUCUCCAACUGCCACUUCCCUUUAAACUAAUUUUAGUAAUAUAAUUAUUGUUAUAUUAUAUUACAAGGGUGCAUAACAAGAACUGUGUAAAGGGUCCCUAUUUACCACCUUCCUUUCGCUUUCUAAAGAACCUAACACAACCCAAUCUCCUCCACUUGCGAUUACUCUGAUCUGAUCAUAUAUUUACUGUCAUUUGCUAUUAUUAUUACUUUAUUUCACAGCUUUGAGAAGUGUGCUUAAGCCUUGUGUCCUUUGCUUUGCUAUAUUACUUUGCUUUCUUUCCUCUUCCACAAGCACAUGGAAGCAAACAAGCAAGAAAGUCAAGUUCUUGAAUCUUCCUUACUCUGCUUCUGUUUUCUCUUCACCAUCACUACUUCUCUUACUCACUAAUCUUUGUAUCUUUGCCUUUUUUGAAGAGGGUCCCAUUUCUAAAAACCUUUUGCACCAAUUUGCUGGUCUCAAAGUUCUCUAUUUUACUUCUCCUUUUGGUUCUGUUUUUAUGCAUAGAUCUUCUGUUUCUUUUUUAGCAUUUUAGUGAACAAAUUUAAGAACCCACAUCUUUGUCAUUGACUAGGAUGUUCACCUGCUGUUUUCAACCCAUUCCAAGACCAGUACUCACUCUAAUUUCCUCUGUUAUUCCUCUGUUUUAGGCUAUCCAAAUAUUUGCACUUUCUUUUUCUUGAAAAGCUAAUCUUUUUACAUUUCAACCCAUGAAAAUCUUAAUUUCUGCAACCAUUAAACAAGUCAUUUUAGUGUCAUCUCUGUUAUGUUUGGGUGUGUGGUGCUCUGGUGAAGCAGAGAAUGAUGCAGCUUCAAUGGAGGAUGGAGAGCGUGCAGCACUGUAUUCUGCCAUUCAAGGAUUUGUGGGUAACUGGUGGAAUGGCUCUGAUCUCUAUCCUGAUCCUUGUGGGUGGACUCCUAUUCAGGGAGUAUCUUGUGAUAUCUUUGAUGGCCUUUGGUAUGUGACUGACUUGAGCAUUGGACCCAUUCAUGACAACUCCUUUGAUUGUUCCCUAAAUGCGGAGUUUAGGCCACACUUGUUUCAGCUUACGCACAUAAAAUCGUUAUCCUUCUUUAAUUGCUUUUUGUCACCCUUCAAACAUCCAAUCACUAUCCCUACCAAAAAUUGGGAAAAACUUGCAGCCAACUUAGAAAAGUUAGAGUUUAGAUCGAAUCCUGGUCUUAUUGGACGGGUUCCUACUACUUUUGGUGGCCUAAUUAAGCUCCAGUCUUUAGUUCUACUAGAAAAUGGCUUGACAGGAGAAUUACCAAGUAAUUUUGGUGCAUUAGCAAAUUUGAAGAGGCUAGUACUUGCGGGAAACUGGUUUAGUGGUAGGAUUCCAGAUAGUUUUGGUAGGUUAUCUCAGCUUCUAAUCUUGGAUUUAAGCAGAAAUUUACUCUCUGGUCCUUUACCUUCCACUUUUGGAGGCAUGUCUUCACUCUUGAAACUUGAUUGUAGCAAUAAUCAGCUAGAGGGUAACUUGCCGGUAGAGAUUGGUUACCUGAAAAAUUUGACACUUUUGGAUCUAAGAAACAACAAAUUCUCUGGUGGCUUGACCAAGUCACUUCAGGAGAUGUUUUCUUUGGAAGAAAUGGCGUUGUCUAACAACCCUAUUCAUGGAGACCUCCAUGCGAUAGAGUGGCAAAAGCUACAGAAUUUAGUCAUUUUAGAUCUUUCUAACAUGGCUUUGGCUGGGGAAAUUCCAAUAUCCAUUACAAAGUUGAAAAAGUUGAGAUUUUUGGGUCUUAGUAAUAACAAUCUUACGGGCAAUAUCUCAGCAAAGCUAGCAACUUUGCCUUGUGUUAGUGCUCUUUACCUAAAUGGAAACAAUCUGACAGGAGCGCUCCAAUUCUCUGAAGAGUUUUACAAGAACCUCGGCAGCCGUUUUGGGGCAUGGAAUAAUCCCAAUCUUUGUUUUCCUGUUUGGUUAAUCUCCACAAGCCAUGUUCCAUAUGGGGUAAAGCCAUGCCAACAACAGGUCACAUUGCUCGAAUCCAUAUCAGAUUCCAAGUUGAGCAAUGACAAAUCGGAUCAAAGUUCCCAUUUCGUGGUCUCUUUGGGGUUCUCAAGCUAUGGUAUUGAUGGGUUCCUGUGGAUUUUUAUAGUAGAGAUAUUUAUGGUGCUACUCUUGAAUAGCCUCCUAUAGACCCUGUAAGAAAAUAUAUGCCAAGCUUAGAGAGUAUAACUAUUUAAGAUGUAAGAAAAAGUUUAUUUUACUUCUCCAUUGCCUUGUAAUUUUCCUUUCUCUCCAACUGGUCGUAACCUUAACAUGGUUCUAAUUGCUAAUGUAUUAAUACAAAUCUUGCAUACUCAGUUGGCAGUUAUUGAUAAAAUAAAAGAAGAAAUUGGCAGUUGA